AAAAAAACGUAUAAGUGAAUAUAAUCCUGCUGGAAGUGAAAGCCAUUGCCGUACCGACGAUUGCAGAACAUUACAAAUAGGAUAAAAUGUGAUCUUUCCAACCCAAACGUUUUAUUCAUUUUCUACAAAUUCCGUACAGUUUACGAAUAAAUUGAAAUUUUUCCUCUUAUUUCGCCCAAUGUUUUACACCGAUUCAUCAAAAUCAAAGCUACAGCGCCGCCUGUUAUGUGCAGGAAAUGCAUUUAUUUCCCCGUAAGUUUCCGAUCUUUUUCGUCUGCAUUGCCCGUGACCCGAGCGAAUGUUGAUAUUAUUUAUAUUGUUAUGCAUUUUCGUAUAAGUAUAUUUGAAGGAUUUUUGAUGGACCUCACAGAUUGUUGGACGUCAUCCGUCAGUUUGAUAAGAUAAGAAAAGCGACAUUAGCAUUCUUCUUUGGUUGACAGUUUUUCGAAAUUCUAAAGUUUGUAAAAAUGUUCAAAUAAGUUUUAAAACUCCAAAAUACAAACGCUUUGAUUUAUUUUUAAAAUUUUUUCGAGAUAUCAUCUGUUAAUGUUUCUAUAAAAUUAAAGCUAUUAAAUUGUAGUUAAGAGUACAAUUUGUUUUUUGGUUUUUGUGUCCAAUAUUGAAGAAAUUGUUGCUCUCUUUUUUGGUUAAAUAUAAAACUUGUUAUUCUAUUGUGAGUACAAAAAUUUGAGGAGUAGUCCUCAAAAAACAGCGACUGAUGGGAACUAGAAUAGAAGUAUUAUGGAAGCAGGCAUUGAAAACUUUCUCUGGUCGUAAAAGUACUGGUUACAAGUUAUGUUUGAAAAAUUUUGAAAAACUUAGAUGUCUAAUCAAUGAGAUAACAGCUGAAGAUGUUUACGUUGACAGAAAAGUACUUGACUUUGUUCGAAUUCAACCAGCACCAAUGUGUGUCAUUGACGUGUUUGAAAACCAUGACAUCGCAAUAUCCGUGUUUAUUUUGAAAACUGGUGUAACUUUGCCAAUGCAUGAUCAUCCAGAAAUGCACGGGUUGCUGAAGGUCAUUAGCGGCGUUGUAAAAAUAGACAGUUACACAAUAGAAUCUGAGAGUGACAAAGUUUUGGAGCAAGAUAAAUUGAUACCAGCUGUUAAACAUCCACCAGUUAUUGUUAGACCCAGUGAUUCUGCAUGUGUAUUAACUCCACUUGUGAGGAACCUUCAUGAAAUUACGUGCCUAGAGGGUCCAUGUGCGUUCUUGGACAUCUUGAGUCCACCUUAUGAUACAAAUACACUUGGGGAGGGUAAAAGGCCAUGUACAUUUUUCAAAGAAGCUAUAAGUGAUGAAAUGUCUGAUGCUGUACAAUUAGUGGUCACAGAUGUACCUCCAACUUUUUAUUCUAGGAGCAUAAAGUAUUUAGGUCAGCCAUUGAGACGAUCAUAGGGUAACUUUACAGAUAGACCAACACUUUUGAAUUAACAAUAAGUCUAAUCUCUUUUUUUAAUCUUCCGUGGUAUUUGGAAAGAAAAUUUGCUUGUGUGAUUGCAAUAUUUGUACUUAUAAUAUUCAUGAACAAAGGUGCAAAGUUUAACAGCAAAUCAAAUCACGUUUUCCUCUCUAAAUACUCUAGAAAAAUACAAAGAUUUAAAAGAGAGAUUAACACUUUAAAACCCUGACACAUUUGUUUUAUUUUGCAUUAAGUAUUAAAUUUAGGUUGAAUCUUAUUGUUAUGUUUAUUUAUGCAUUAUUAAAAAUUACAUUAAAUUUAUACCAUCAUAGCAUUUAAUAAUACAAUUUGACGAUUUAAGUAAAAAAGAUUCUUAGACUAAGCUUUAAAAAAGUGAUAAACUCUGUGACUAUAAUACCUGAAUGUGCAAAGACUGCAAUCAAUAGAAA